AUGACAGUAGCAACCGAUAAUGAUGACUUACAGUCCACAUUAAUGAUCCCAGGUCCAAUCAGAUUAUCAACAGAUGUUCAAAAUGCAUUGGGAACACCAUCUAUUUCCCAUACUGGCACGCAUUUUACCAAAACCUUUCAAUCGGCGUUAUUAAAAUUGCAAAAAUUAUUUAACGUAGAGGAAAAGGAAGGAUAUUUACCAUUUGUUAUUAGUAGUUCUGGUACAAUGGGUUGGGAUUUAGUAGGCAAUAAUUUGCUAUCUAGUUCUGAUACCGACUGUAACAACAAUGCUUUAGUUUUGUCUACAGGUUUCUUUAGUGAAUCUUUUUACCUUUGUUUACAAUCGUACGCCAGCAAUAAAAGCACUGUAGACAAAAUAGUUGCCCCCUUAGGCACCUCUGAUUUUGAUGAAGCAGAAUUAAUUGCAAAAUUAAGCAGCAAGAAAUAUAGAUUGGUUACUAUUACCCAUGUUGAUACAUCAACUGCUACAUUAGUUGAUUUGAAUAAAGUUGUUAAAGUUAUUAAAGACACAAGCCCAUCGACUUUCAUCGUAAUCGAUGGUGUUUGUUCUGUUGGUUGCGAGGAACUCGAUUUAGGCAAACUAAAGGGGAUUGAUUUUGUUUUCACCGCAUCCCAAAAGGCUAUUGGUGUUGCUCCAGGCUUAUGUUUAGGUAUUAUUUCCCCUAGAGUGGUUGAUUUCAUAUUGAAUGAAAAUAAGAAUAAUAUUAGGGGUUAUUAUACUAAUUUGACCAAGUGGUUGCCAGUUAUGCAAAGCUUUAUCAAGAAUCAAGCAAAAUAUUUUGCCACACCACCAGUUCAGUUAAUUCACGCUCUAAAUGUUUCAUUAAGUGGAAUUUUAAAGCAAGGUGUUACUAAAAGGGUUGAAGAGCAUAAAUCAAAAUCCGACUGGUUUAAGGACAAAAUCGUCAAUGACUUGAAAUUGAAAUUAGUUAGUCAACCUGGUUAUGGUGCUCAUGGUUUAACGGCAAUCUAUGUUAACAAUCCAGCUGAACUUUUAAAAAAAAUCGGAGCCGACGGAAUUGUUCUUGCUGGUGGAAUUCAUAAAGAUAUUAAGGACCAAUACAUUAGAGUGGGUCAUAUGGGUGUUUCUAUCGAAAAUGGUGAUUUAGAAAAAGUUUAUGAAGCUUUAAAAAAAAACGUUAUCCAGUAA